GUAACCUGAAACCCCUACCCGAUUGUCAGGUUCAGGUUGAUUAAACCUUUUUUUUUGUUGAAUUGAUUGAACAUUUUUCAAAACAUUUGCAAUCGUGGUUUAUGAAAUCUUAGUGUAUGUAUUAUGUAAACAUUUAUCCACCAAAAUACUCAAAUAAUUAUCAUAGUUAGACUACCGCCAACCGAUACACUCAAAUUGAUUAUCUUAUAAAAUAUAUUAUGAAAUUUUUAUUCAUUUGAAAUUUAUGGCAUAGGUUCCAAAUUCCAAUACACAACCUCCAUAUUUUUAGAACUACAAAACUUGAUCGAGAAGGCUAUUGUCGGAGGAGGCAAGAUUUGACGGUGAGAUUUACAUAUGAAUAAGAAGGGAAAGUAUGCUUUUUGGUAUAUCUGGAUGGAUUUUUGGGAGGUGCAUAUCUCCUUUUGGUAAUUAUUAGGCUUUCCAUAUCUCAUAUGAAUUUGCAUAUUUCAUUCGUUUUACAUUAGAUUUUUUUUAAUGCAUACAAAAUAAGUUUUUUUUGCGCUCUACAAGAUGACAUCUGUAACAUCUUAGGCAAAUCCCACAUCGACAAAGCACGGGAGAGAUUCAUGGUUCAUAAGUAGGAAACCGACCUUAACUGACAAGACGCGUUUUGGGGUGAAAUGGAGGAGUUCUUGGGGAAAGGGUUCGGGAUGUUACAACAUCUAUUUUGAUAUCUAUGGAGCAAAAAAAAUUCACAUCAUCUAAUUGUCAUGACAUUAGAUAUGAUAUGACAAUAGUAUGAUGAUGUUGUCAGUCUUACCAUUGUGGUAAGAUUAUGGUAUGACAGUGGUAAAAUGGCAUUAUGGAGUCUCACUAUAGUGGUAUGAUGUUGGUACGACAAUGAUAAGAUAAUAUGGGGUCUUAUCUUGAGCAAAAAUUAUUGAUAUCAUCAUAUACUAUUGUCAUAUUAUGGAAUUAUCAUACUAUUAUAGUAAUUAUAUGAUGAAACCUUAGCAUGACCAAACUUCUGGUAACAAAGGAACAAUGGCAGCAAAACCAAUGGAUAUCGACCAAGUUAUGGAGUUCGAGUUGGAGGGUGUUGAAGAAGGGAGUAUGAAAAGGGGCAAAAUUGAGCUAGAUUAGGUGGCUUUUCAUGGAGAGUCCUCCAAGUGUGAGAACAAUCCAGAAGAUUGUCCAAAGUGCCAGACAAUAAUGGGAGAAAGUGACUGUGAUGGAGGCAGAGCUGGGAUUGCUGCAGUUCUUGAUCGAGGAUGAGUAGGAGAAAGAAUGGGUUAUUAACCGAACCUCGUGGCCAGUGUCACAUGUGGUAGUUGACAUGGUGCUUUGCACAUGUGGCGUGUAUGGAAGACGAGAAGUAUAGAGAUGCCUCUAGGAUUCUCCACCUUUAUGAGCAUUAUGGUGCCCUUAUGAGCCACAUUAUGGGUGACAUUAUGAAAGUGCGUUAUGGGGGGACUUAAUAGGUGUAGUAAUCGGAGGGACCAUUAUGAGAGGGCAUUGAUGCCUUGUAUGUAGAGAGACCUAUAUAAGGAGUCAUCUCCCUCACUCGUAGCUCAUUCCAUCAUUUUUUAGAGUAAUACACACUAGAGAGUUCUCUCACUUCCUUUGUCUUUCUUACUUUCUUUGUGAGCUUGUGAGCUUGAGAGAAGGCUGCUUAGUUCUCUAACGGAAUUAAGAGCUAAGAUCGUAUGACCGAGAGUAAGGUCGUGACAAGUGGUAUCAGAGUCUGGUUAGGCUUGGUGCUAACAAAGAAGCAAGCCAAAACGAAGAGGAAGAGCCUCACCAAAAAUGUUGAGAUCGGAAGGUUUUUAUGUUGGUGACAAACAACGUGGUAGAGAUUCCACGAAGAGCUCCAGGACAAAGACUGACAAAAUCAAGCACUCGUGACCCUUUGGCGGCUCUAGAGAAACGCGUCUCUAGAGUGGAGGUGAAGGUGACCGAAGAUGUUGUCGUCAUGGAGGAUUUGGGAACUAACUUCAACCAAAUCCAAGGCGAUGUUCAAGGUAUGACGGCUCGGCUUACGAGCUUGGAGAUCGGCAACGAUGGGCUACGUGAAGAGCUUGUGGCCCUCAUCAACAACACCAUCUCCAAUUCCAUGAGCAACGCCAUUGAAGUUGUGAAGGAGACAGUUCAAGUAGAUUUGGCCAUCGUUAUCGUCUACUACUAGUUAUAUACCUUAUAUCAGGGAUAGAUUUAUAGAUCUAAUAUAUCACAAUGAGCUCGUUCCUUCUAAGCAAAAUUAUUAUAAAUUACUAGUUAUACCUUAUAUCAGUGAUAAAUUUAUAGAUCUAAUAUAUCACAAUGGGCUCGUUUCUUCUAAGCAAAAUUAUUAUAAAUUUAAAUGAGAUGGUACUAAAAGUGAUUUAGAUCACAACGAACUCAUUCCAUCUAUCUAAAAUUUAGAAAUCCAAAUUUGAAUGAUGAAGAUAAAAAAAAAAACUAGAAGAAAUAAAAAAAAUUAUUUUAUUCUCACCCCUCAAAUUCCACGCCGCUUCAAAUCAAGAGUUCAAAUCUGAUUAUGCAUAACCAUUCACCAUAUCUUUGACCGAGUGUCUGGAUUGCUUACAACCAAAUCUAAUCGACUGAUUAAACCAUUAGAGGCAACAAAAUCUUAUUAAAGCUCUUCAUUCCUCCGCAUCUGACUCUCACAAAGGUCAUGCGCUUUCAUGUACAAUACACCAGAAAAACAUAGGACGCAGAAAAACCAUUAAAGCAUCUCAAUCGCUAUGUUGCCAAAAAUAUCCUUCAUCUGCUAGAGAAAGAACUACUACCACAGGUAAUUUUCAGAAUUCACCCACCUGGAAAUGGGAAGCCUCGAUGUUACACCAUUGCAAAUUCGCCUCUAAUCUAAUUAUUGUAACGUUCACAAGUUCUUGUAGUCCGGAUUGUCACGAAGACCCAGCUUUGAAAGAACCAUACAGUACGAGUCCCAGUCGGUUCUCCUUAGAUACUUCAACAACUUCUUCCUCUUUUGGACCAUUUCCUGAAGACCCUUCCUUGAAUGCUUGUCCUGCACCACAUCAGAACAGUAAAAUUUUGGCAGAACCGGUAACUACGACACACACUCGAUAGGGCGCACAAGUUUUCGGCUGAGACAUCAACCAAGUUAAAGGACCUUGCAGCCAAACAAGGUAGCAAGCCAAGAUUGUUUAUUGUGGCACAAACUGAAGAGAUGUGAAUGUUUGUUUCCGUCCUACCAAAUAAAUGGUAAUACCGAAGUAUCAGCUUUGCAUUCUUUCUCACCUUUUUGUGGAGAACUGAGGAUAAAUGCUUGAUCUUCGUUGUAAGUUGCGCAACUGCAAGAGUCCAGAGAAAGAACAUCAAGUUUAUAAACAACAGUGUCAUCAAUGGGGAGAAUAUUAGUCACAGCUUAAAAGUGCCAACUCCCAUCAGCAUGUUCUAAGACCAGAAACAUACGAGCACAGAAGAUGUAAAGAUUUUGAGUAAAUAAACCAUUUUUUCAACUUACCCACCUUGUAUAAUUUUACAUGUUGGGGGGGGUACCAAAAGCAAUCUAUUGGUAGCAUAAAAGUAGUAAAGAAGGCUCCUAGGAGUCCUAACAACACUCAAGAUUGGUCAUUCCUAGCUCGAUGAGAGGACUUCGUAUAGUCCCUGUUUGGCCAUACUGUUCGUUGGACUUCGACCUAAAUGUGUAAUUCAAAAUGUAUGAUUUCUUUUGGUUGCAUUUUCAUGGAUGAGCUGGUGUCACAAUACCAUUUUCAUUAUCUAAUACUAGGACUUAUGUGCAACAGAUGAAGCACACAGACACAAGUUCACUUUUUUAAACAGCAGAAAGGCUUGAGAUUCUAUUUCAUCGAAAACCAGUGUACAUGGAUAUUUAUAUGAACAAAAUCCAAACACAAAAUAGCUAUCCAUCAAGCAAAACAUAAUUCUUCUUUUCAGAUCCAUGACGGCCUAACCUGGCAUAUUCCCUACAGUGUUUAUCUUUUAAUAUUUUUUUAGUAUUUAUACUACCACAGAUAUUCUAUCUGUGGGACGAAUAAGAAAAACAAACAUCCUACUACACUGUUUAUAUAUUACUAGGAAAAAACAGAUUAACCUCCU